CCGACCACAGCCAACACAGACUCAAGAUGCCUUUCAAGCCACACUACCUGUUGGUGUCCCUGACUCUCUGCUGGUUCGUGGCUCUUCAAGCAUUCCCCAUGAACGGCUGUGCUGCAUGUCAGAAGUGUCGCUGCAUCCGGACGUCCUCUGCUUUCAUCUCUCCUCGGCUGUUCCACAGGAUAGAGAUCCUACCUCCAGGUGCCCACUGUCGUCAAACAGAGAUCAUCGUUACCAAGAAGGACAAAGCCACCGUCUGUGUGACUCCAGAUGCACGAUGGAUCAACAAAGUCAUUGUCAAGUUACAAAGUACCAACAAGAGGAAGAGAAGUGCAGAACUUCCCCAUCUCAACCACCAUUGAGUGAAUUGGAACAGGAAUGUAUCAAGUUGGAGCUAAAUGGAAAUGUGAUACCAAUGUGAUACCAAUGUAAUACCAAUGUAAUACCAAUGUGAUACCAAUGUGAUGCCAAUGUAAUACCAAUGUAAUACCA